UAAAAAAGCACUUAUUUUAACUCCAAACUUCUCCAAUUCUAUACUCCGUAUGAGCUAACCAAGUAACCCGUAACCACUUCUGAUGUGCUCCGGGCCUCCGGCCAUCAGUUAAUCGAUAUCUCUCUUCCAUAGAUAUCGAUUAACUUUUCUCAUAACUAAUAAAGCGAUAGAUAUUCAAGGCCCGAUUAACCAAUGGCGGUCGCCUUAAAGCUGCAAGAAAGAAGUGCACGCCGCUAGUCCCGAUUUGGAUAAAUUCAGGGGGGAAAGCCCAAUUCAGCAUAGCGCCAGACCGAGUGUUAUCCCGAGUUUACUAUGGCUCUGUUUCGAAGCACAAACGGUCAGCUUCCAUUAAUGAAUCUCGUGAGGCUAAAAGGUAAGCCCAUUUUGGAACAGUUGUAUUUAGAGGAGCGGUUGUUAAGGACUUCUUCGGACAAUUGGUGUAUCAUUAAUGAUGGGACAGAUCAACCCACCGUAGUUAUGGGUGUUUCUGGGAAGCCUACUGAACUUAUUGAAGUUAAUUCUGUUUUACAAGAUAAGGUUCCUGUCAUCAAAAGGUUCACUGGUGGAGGGACUGUAAUUGUUGAUCAUGGGACUAUAUUUGCUACCUUCAUAUGUAAUAAGGAUGCUGUUCCGCACGUGAAACCUUAUCCCCAACCUAUCAUGAGCUGGAGCGGCUUAUUGUAUGGAAAUGUGUUUCAAGGAAUUGGAGAAUUUGCUCUUCGUGAAAACGAUUAUGUAUUUGGCAGCCACAAGUUUGGUGGAAAUGCACAGUCGAUCACAAAAAAUAGAUGGAUUCAUCAUACAUCUUUUCUAUGGGAUUAUGCAAUACAUAACAUGGGUUAUCUCAAGCUUCCAAAACGAGCCCCUGACUAUAGACAGGCAAGAGGACAUUUGGACUUCAUAUGCAGCAUGAAGGACUACAUAUCCAGACCAGACUUUAUCAGUAGGACCAUAGAUGCAGCCAAAAUUUAUUUUUCUGUGAGACAAUUGGAACUGGAAGAAAUAGAACACUCACUGAACAUGAAAUUUGCACCUACUUCUAGAUUGGUUAUGGCAGAAGAGUUGGAGGAGGCUGCCAUUUUCCAACUUUCCAAGAACCCGAUCUCUCAGUCACUGUGAUUCUGAAACUUUCGUCAUGUCAUCUAUUGAUUGUCCAUUGAUUUUCAAGAACUUCACAGUAAGCCCAGGUGCGGAGAGCUGUCUGGUAAUUUUUUAAGCAUGUGAAAUUUGUUUGUUGUGCUGCUCAUGAACCUCUUGACAGGUGUUAGCACUAAAGGUUAUAGAAUACCAUAGAGUCAUGAGAAACUGCAUAUAGUGACCACAAACUAUGUGGGACACCCGUUUUGCCAUGGUGAGUGAGAGGACAGUUUUUUGAAAUUUCAGUGUUGAGUUCUUAUUAAUGAGCUUUUUAAGUUCAGUUAUGAUAUCAAUCUACAACUUGGUCACAAAAGUUAAAAAUUGGGGACAUUUUUUUUCAUUAUUACCCUUCAAGCUACACUGAUUGUAAGUUUGUAACUGGGAAAAUAAAAGUCAGACAGUAAUAAUCUAGAGUGAUGUCUUCUACCUUACAUGGAGAACCCAAAUUUGGUUGAGAAUAGAGGGUUUUCAUGUUUUGGUAGCCCACAAUAUUUUCUCUACCUUCUCCUUGAUGUAGAACAAAGAGCACUACUUAUUAUGUGAAUAACACUAACGUGAGAGUAUCAGGACUCACGAGUAUACAACACUUUCAAAUCAUUAGGUGGGUUUUCUUUCAUUAAGUUUAUUGUAAACGUUAACAUGCUUUGUAAGGAGCAUCUUGGAUUCUUGAUGAUUUGGAUGCAUCAAUAUAUGUAAUUCAUACAAGUCAUCGACUUGCUCUAUA